GGACAAGCUCAUCCUAGCUUCCUCCCUGCAAACGCGAAACGCUUCCGCUCUCUUCCAUGUACAGAGAUAGAGCUGAUGUGUUUUUCAGAGGGAAAAUGGAUACUACCAACAGCAAUGCUCUGAGUUCGAGCUCUCUAACGAUUGGGGAGCGUCUCUGCGCUGCAUUCAUACCGUGUAUCGCGAUUGUGGAAGUCCUGAUCUUCGCCAUCGCCGAUUGCUUUAAGCAAAGCCCCUGUAAAAUCCAAAACCGUUUCAAGGAAAUGGCUGCGCUCGCCAAGGACUCCCCGUUCACAGUGAACGAGAUCGAGGCCCUGUAUGAGCUGUUCAAGAAGCUGAGUAGCUCCAUUGUCGACGACGGCAGCAUACAUAAGGAGGAACUUCAACUGGCACUAUUCAAGACUCCAUCUGGCGAGAACCUUUUUCUGGAUAGAGUUUUUGAUCUUUUUGAUGAAAAGAAAAAUGGUGUUAUAGAUUUUGAUGAGUUUGUCCAUGCACUCAGUGUCUUCCAUCCUUGCACUCCUAUGGAUGAUAAAAUUGACUUUGCAUUUCGGCUGUAUGAUCUGAGGCAAACAGGGUAUAUAGAGCGUGAAGAAGUUAAGCAGAUGGUUAUUGCUAUUCUGAUAGAAUCAGACAUGAAGCUAUCAGAUGAGCUUCUUGAAGCCAUCAUUGAUAAGACAUUUGAAGAUGCUGAUGCCGACGAGGAUGGUAGAAUCAACAAAGAGGAAUGGAGAGAUUUUGUUGUUCGAAAACCCUCCCUUUUGAAGAACAUGACUCUCCCUUAUUUGAAGGACAUCACUACGGUCUUCCCCAGUUUCAUCUUCAACUCUGAGGUUGAUGAUUGAAUAUUAGAAGCCAUGUGGCAGAAGCCUAGAAACUCCUUGAGAGGGGGAGAGAGCUUUAAAAUUCCAUGGGAUAACAGAUUGACAUUCGCAGAUGCAUGGGUCCUUGCUACCAGGAAGCAAUUGAUCCGAAUCAAAGUGUCAACACCUCUCCUCCAGGCAGUCAUGAAUGAAGUGUGGAUUUUGCGAAUUGAAACAGGAGUUCUGUUUGCAUUUGAAAACUUUGUGCAGUGUGCAGUCGACAGAUACAAUGAUUCUGUUCAUUGUAAAAUGAUGUGCAGAAUGCCUCGUGUGAUUCCUUGCAUUGUACGGAGCUUCACAAGUGAUUGUCGGGCAAUAUUUACAAUUAUGAUGGCGGGAGAAGCCCUUGGUAUCUGAUACCAGAUCUGGGCCGUUCAUUGGAUGUUUGCCGAUCCCUCAUGUGGUUAUAAUGCAGCCCCUCAAAAGAUGGCGGUAAAAUGGACGGUGAAAAAUAAAAUAGUUAAUGGUCUGUAUUUCAAGGUAAAGUCAGCUACUACUGGCUUAGUGAUAUUUUUUGGGUUAUUUUCCCUCCACAA